AUGUCUUCUUCUAUACCAUCCAAAAUGAAGGCCUGGGUUUACAACGAGUACGGCGGCGUUGAGGUGUUGAAAUUUGAGGCCGAUUAUGCAGUGCCGGAAGUGAAGGAUGAUCAGGUCUUGAUCAAGGUGGUGGCGGCGGCUCUUAAUCCCGUUGAUUACAAGAUAAGGAUGGGGAAAUUUAAGGCCAUUGAUUCGAAGCCUCCUACUGUUCCAGGCUACGAUGUUGCUGGUGUGGUAGUUAAAGUUGGUAGUGAAGUAAAAGGACUAAAAGAAGGGGAUGAAGUAUAUGGCGACAUAAAUGAGAGCACAACAGAACCUAAACGAUAUGGCUCCUUAGCCGAGUACACAUCUGUGGAGGAAAAAUUACUGGCUCUUAAGCCCAAGAAUCUUGAUUUUGCACAGGCUGCUAGUCUUCCUCUGGCAAUUGAAACCGCCUACGAAGAAAGUGAAAGUAAACAAGUCGAAUGGGAGGUUUUUUUCUCAGCUCCAUUGCCUGUGAAGAUGGAAACAAGAGGUGAUUUCUUGGAGAGUAGGAAGACUGUAAAAUUUGCGAAGUAG